AUGACAGAUUAACUAUUUGUCGGUUAAUUGUAGCAGAAAGUGGGAGAAUUGAAAACCGAGUAUGAUCUACAACGCAGUAUCAAAGACAACACCAUCAAUGCCAAAAUACAACGAUCCAGAGAUAAGAUAUGUGAAAUCCUCAGGAGAGUUCAAGGAAGAAGGCCAAAGGUUUAAACUGAAGAAAGUGAAGAAUCAUAAGAUUGCCACAUUCCCGAAGAGAAAAAACCAUACCAAAGCAAAUACAACGAGGAAGUCCUGCAAAGGAGACAUUACAUAUUCUAAUUCAAAAUGUAUUUACGUCGAAAAAGGGAACGACUGUAGAGAGAGUAAGAAUUCAAACUUCUUAAGUUAUUGGACCAACAAACAGAGGCUCUUCAAAAGUGGGUGACCAAGGAUCCAAAUGACUUAGAAAUGUUUGAUUUCUUUUACACUCAAAUAGAUCCCCAUCGCAAAGGGUAAGUCCAUCACUUGCAGAUCAAAAACUUUAUGUACGACAACCCACUAAUAAUGACUCUCUUUCAAUUUGAUAGGCAAUCCCUCUCAAUGGCCUUAGACUCUUUUCCUGUCAAGGAGAGAUUUCACUUAAGCCAAGAUGAAUUCAUAUAGUUUUUAUAGAAGUACCAGAAGGUGAAACCAGAGAAAGGGUUUCGAGAAUAUGUGCAUUUAUUCGAUCCAAUUCACAAACAAGUCAAUUUAUUUGAGAAUACUCCUAGAAUCCUUCUCUUAGAAGAUAUCUCAAUUAUGAAGGAAGCCUUCGAUUCAGUCAGUGAAAAUGGUUUGGCUACUGUUGAUGAUGCGAUUAAAGCAAUUCGUUAAAAUUGCGAGUUGUUUGUUUAUGCUGUUCAUGUUGUUGUUUUUGGUUUGAACCUACUCUUGGAGAGUGUGCUAUAACAAAUAGAGAUUGGAUAUCUUAAUAAUCCUGAUGAGCAAAUCUCGUGGAAUUAGUUCAUGUAUUUCCUUGACAAUCUCCCAAAUGAUCAGGAGGAAGAACCACAGCCGUAAGAGUAGGAAGAGGCUGUUUCAUCGGAGUCAUCUGAUGAUUAUUUCUAUUAGAUGACAGCAAAGUAGGAGAUUCCUCCACCUCCAGAACCUGAGAAGAAGAAAGUAAGGAAGAGAUCAAGUCCAAGAAAACCAUUUCAAGAGAUCAAUGUGGAGAGGAUGCAAUUUACUGUACCCAAGAAGACCGGGCAGGAGAAAAGGGAUGUGAAUAAGUAGCCUAGCAUAAGGGAGAAGUGGGUGAUGGAGCAAGUUAGACAGAAGUAGGAGGAAAUUGAGGAGGCUUAUAAAUUUAGACCAUUUAAGGCAAAGGCCAUUCCAUACAAGGUGAAGGAUAAGAAUUAUUAUAACGAAUUGUUGGAAAGGGAAGAAAUACGAAGGAGAGAAUUGAAGGAGAGAUGCAAGGAGAAGACUCAAUCAUUGCAGAAACCAUUUAAUUUUGAGGACAGGAAAAGAGAGAAACCUAUUAAAAUACCUGAGGAGGUAGAGGAACCACAUAAAUUUAGAGCCAAUCCUAUUCCUUGGUAUUGUUCAUUGAAAUUGUAUGAACGUAAUAUGCAAGAGUAGAAGAUCAAAAGUGAGAAUAGAAAGAAGAUAAGAAAGUUUUGGUUGCAAGAGAACUCCAAAUUGCCACCUAGGAUGUAGGAAUGGAUAGACAAGAUGAAAUUGCAAGAAUAAGAGAAAUAAUAAGAAUAAUUAUUGAGAUCUCAUCAUGAUUCCCCUAGAAAAGUCAGAGCCAAAUCUAUUCCCAAUUUUAAUAAAUUGCAUGAUCAAUUCCAAAAGUAAUUAGAACAAAAGAAAAAGAAAUCAAAACCUACAGUUCCUGUUGGACCUACAUUCCAUGAAAGUAAAAAGAGAGCCCAACGAGACUAUUUGGAUGAGAAACCAGUCUAAAAGGACGAUCCCUUGAAAAAGGCCAAGAAGGCUACAUCAAAGAAACCCAAGAUCCAACCUAGAUCAACGGAUAAAUUUAAUGCCUAUGUGGAUUACAUAUUUACUAUGAAGUAGAAUCAACUUGCUCUCGAUUAAUAGAAUGAUGAGGAGUAAAAAUAAAGGGAAGAUAAAAAAUAGUUAUUUAGACCAAGAGUACACUAAUCUUGGGCGAUUCAAGAUCAUAACCAAGUUCAGUAUGAGAGACAACAAUAAAAGUUCAUAGAACAAUAUUAGAAGAGGAGACAAGAAGAGGAAGAUUUCAAUAAUAUGAUGAAGGAGAUCUUUGUCAGAGUUUAUUAAAGACCUUUGUUGAUGGAAGUGGAAGCAGCCAAGAGUCAAUAAUAGCCUCAGGAGGAACAGGAGCAAUAAGAGUAGUUUGAUUACAUGAACCCUAUUGGUGAAUAGGAAGUGGAGGAGUCAGAGAGAAUUUCCUAACAGGAUCCAGAAGGCGUUGAUUAAGUAGGAGAACAAGCAGAGUAAUCUUUGAGAGAGUAUGAUGGAUAGGAGAUAGAUGGAGAUUAUGAUGAUUAGAUUGACAUUGAUAAUCUUGAUCCCAAAUUACUGGAAAAACUGUAGAAGGAUGCAAUAGCUAAAUAAUAUGGAUUAACCGAGGAAUAGAUGGAGGAAAUACAAAAAAUGGGAGGAUUCGAAGCUGUAUAAGGAAUGGAAUAUGAGGAUGAUGAGGAGGAAGAGGAAGAAGAAGAAGAGGAUUAGGAGGAAAUGCAAAAUCCUCAUUAUAAACGCCAUUCAUUUUGAAACUUAUUAUUAUUACCUAAUAAUAUAUAUAUA